AUGUCAUCUUUGACAAGAACUCAGGUUCUAGGUCUUUACAAGCAAUUUAUCAAGAACGCUAAUAACUUCAACGACUAUAACUUCAAAAAUUACUUUCUAAGAAGAACAAGGGCUUCAUUCAGGGAAAAUAGAGAUGUCAAAGAUCAGGAGAAACUAAAUUUACUUUAUACAAAUGCUUUGAAAGACCUAGGUGUUCUAAAGAGACAGUCACUAAUAUCGCAGAUGUACACCUUUGACAAGUUAGUUGUCGAACCUCUAAAAACAGAGCAUGAAUAA